GGAAGUGGAACAACAACUAGUUUCCACUCCCAAAGGAGUGCUAGUAUAUCCACUUAGCAUAAACUACAAAACCCAAGUAUAACUUCCCCAACUUCAACCAGCAAACUGAUUCAUUACACUGAACAAUGGCAGCCAUAAGUAUACCCAUUCCUCGCACUCUCAGAAUCAAAAACCCACAUCCAUGGCUUCUCACCUUCCGCCAUAUCUCAUCUUCUUCAUUUUCUCUCUCCUCUACCUCAUCCGCUUCUCUCUCCCCUGCCCCUUCCACCUCAGAAGAAGAAGACUCUUCUUCAAAACCCAACAACAACACCACCACCAACAACAACAACACCACCACCACCACCAACAAAAAUUCACCUUUUUACCCCAAAAGAGGGCAAACCCUUGAGUUGGUAUGUGAGACAUUGGCUUUUAAAGGCAAAGGAGUUUGUAAAGUUCCUGAAACUGGCUUUGUUCUUAUGUGUGACCGUGCUCUUCCUGGUGAACGCUUCUUGGGUCGGGUUACGCGUAAAAAGGGCACUUACGCUGAGGUGGCGAAGCUAAAAACAUUAUCACCUCACGAGGAUGCUGUUGAUGCUCCUUGUGAAUAUGCUUCAUAUUGUGGAGGCUGUAAGACGCAGCAUCUGUCGUACGAAGCCCAACUAAAAUAUAAAGAGCAACAAGUUCGGGAAUUAAUGAUACAUGUUGGAAAGUUUUCUGUUGAAGAACCUGAUUUUGUCAGCAUUAUGAAGCCCAUUGUUUCUUGUGAAAAUCAGUUUCAUUACAGAAACAAGAUGGAGUUCUCAUUUAGCAAUCGGAGAUGGAUACCUCAAGAACUUUGGGAAGAAGAACAGGGUACUGGGAACAGUUAUGCCCUUGGACUUCAUGCUCCUGGUUUUUUUGACAAGGUUCUCGAUGUCAACAAGUGCUUUUUACAAAGCGAACCCGGCAAUGCGGUUCUCUUGGCAGUUCAAGGUUGUUGGAGAGAUCAGAGCUUAGGUCUUUCUCCUUAUAAUGUUCACUCCCAUGCUGGGUUUCUCAAGCAUCUAGUGAUAAGAACUGGCAGGGAUGUCCAAAGUGGGAAGCCCGAAGUUAUGGUCAACUUUGUGACUUCUGCCUACAAGCCAGAGCUAUUAGAGCCUCUAGUUGAGAAAGUUUCAGCUAUCAGUGAAGUGGCUAGCAUUGUGAACAACAUAAAUACCUCAGUGGGGAGUACUUCAAUCGGCGAGGAGGAACAUGUGUUGUACGGGAAAGCUACUAUUGCAGAAGUAUUGAGAGGGUUAACGUUUCAAAUUUCAGCCAACUCUUUCUUCCAGACGAAUACACAGCAGGCGGAGGUUCUCUAUAAACUAAUUGAAGAUGUUGCUGGUCUCAGAGGAGAUGGCUCAGAGAUUGUGCUGGAUCUGUUUUGUGGAACAGGCACCAUUGGUCUCACACUUGCUAGAAGAGCCAAGCAUGUAUAUGGCUAUGAAGUAGUUGCUCAAGCCAUCUCAGAUGCUCACCGAAAUGCUGACAUGAAUGGCAUCUGUAAUGCCACUUUUGUCCAAGGAGACCUUAAUAAAAUUGAUGAGAACUUUGGAAAGCAUUUUCCGAGGCCUGAUAUAGUGAUCUCAGAUCCAAACCGCCCGGGAAUGCACUUGAAGCUGAUCAAGUUUCUGUUAAAGUUGAAAGCUCCUCGAAUUGUCUAUGUUUCCUGCAAUCCUGCGACAUGUGCUCGUGACCUUGAUUACCUGUGUCAUGGCUCGGUGGAGCAGAAUAUAAAAGGAUGUUACAAAUUGAGGAGUGUCCAACCUGUAGACAUGUUCCCUCACACCCCACACAUUGAAUGUGUUUGCUUACUGGAUCUCAAUGACUAAUUGUUGAUACUAUUUGCAUCGAUCACCACGAAGGGCCAUUUCACAUAUCAAUAAAGCACCCAAACAUCCUCCUUGCUCAAUCUGUUGCUACCUUUAAGAACUCGGCAACACACCAGAGGCCCAGGAAACGAAUGUCACUCUAAAGUGAUGCUACAGGAAUCAUGUGCCGAUGUUUCCUUCGAUGCAGUAGUCCAUGACUAAAUUUUCUAUCUGCCAAGAUUACAGCCUGAUAACCCACCAGUACAGAAGAUUUUACCUAUCGAUCAGUCGAUGUGUAUGGAUGAUGAUGCUAUUCUUCCUCACUUGCUUAACACUCUGGUUGGCUUGAUGGUUGAUGUGCUUGAUCACAUUGAUAUUCUUUAGAUAUGGAUAAAGUAAAUUUGAUUUGUUAUUGGAAUAUGUUGUAUAAAGAUUAUAAUUUUCGUUUCAAGCUAGUUUGGCAUGAAAUUCUUGUAAAAUUUUGUUGUUUUAGGCGUACAAGAAGAGAAAUCAAAUUGUACACAACAAGAAUGAAUUCAUUAAUGAAACAAGAUAGGACCUGUUCCUUU